AAACAAGAGAAGAGAUUCAAAGAAUGAAAAACACCAAAAGAAGAAAAAAACCCGGAUGCCGCCUCCCACAAAGUUCGCUAUUGAGUUUUUGAGGCCGCUCGCUGUCGUUAAGUGGAUAACUAAGAUGCACUGUAGAAACGAGCUUCGUCCGGGAAACAACAGGUAUCGUAACCAAGAACCCAGAUACGCCAUGCUGAUUGCAAAUGAGAAAUUCGGAUAAUGGUGAGCAACAU